CCUGUGAAGUAGAAGCGCAGAUGGAGACCCGCAAGGAGAAGAAGGUAAGGAGAGCCAUGAAGCCCAAAGCCUCCCAGAGGAAGGAGAAGAAGCACAGAGCCGGGAGGUUCGUCCGGAGGAAAUCUCUGCGCUCUUUUGGGAAUUUCAUGGGAAGGAUUCUUAAAACUUUGGGCACUUUUGCGCACUUUGGCGACGCGGAGCCGCCAGACGCGGAGGACGACGACGGCGGCUUCGGGCAGAGCGCGUCGUCGUCUGCGGGCGGCUUCAAAGACGACGCGGUGCCGAUGAACCGGGAGGGAGGCGUGAAGAAGACCUCCACGUCCUCCUCGCUGCACGGCCCGGGGAAAGGCAGGCUGUCGUGGUGCCACGGAGACAAGACCCCCGGGGUGCUGGGGCUGAAGAACCACGGGAACACCUGCUUCAUGAACGCCGUGGUGCAGUGCCUCAGCAACACCGACCUGCUGGCCGAGUACCUCGGGCUGGAGCAGUACAAGUCCCAGCUCUGCCCCGGGAGAGCGAACGGGGAGCCGCGGGGCGAGGAGCCGCAGGCCCGGGGAGAGGUGACCGAGCAGCUGGCCUCGCUGGUUCGGGGUCUGUGGACGCUGGAGUACACCCCGCAUCUGUCCGUGGAGUUCAAGAGCAUAGUGGCCAAGUACGGCUCUCAGUUUCGGGGAAACUCUCAGCACGACGCCCUGGAGUUCCUCCUCUGGCUUUUGGACAGAGUUCAUGAAGAUGCUAAUCACAGCCCCAACAACAACAACAACACCAACAGCAGCAGCAGCAGCAGCAGCAAGACCAAAGCCUCCGCCAAGGGACCCAGUUCGUUGGAGGAUCCUUCCAGCCCCAGUUCAGCCAGCACGCAGCAGCCUCGAGAUCGACACAGUUUUGUCCAGGAACACUUCCAGGCUCAGUACAGGUCUUCUCUGACGUGCCCUCAUUGCCUUAAGCAGAGCAACACCUUCGACCCAUUUUCAUGUAUCUCCCUGCCCAUCCCCCUACGACAAACCAGGCCGAUGUGUGUGACACUCGUGUUCAGUACGAAGGGUCAGAGGUACCUGCGGGUGGGGCUGGCUGUACCCCUCAUUGGUUCCCUGUCCUGCCUGAGGGCCAUGGUGGCAGAGGAGGGCAACAUCUCCCCGGACCAGGUCAUCCUCUCAGAGUUGUACUCCACGGGUUUCCAGCGUUCCUUUUCAGACGAUGAUGAUCUGACAGCGAUCGCUGAUAGUGACGUCAUCUACGCCUUUCAGGCUCCACCCCUCUAUAGUCGUGGAGGCUCCACAGCGCACUCAGGGUAUCACCACAGCCUCCCCUCCUCCCCCUACACCUCCUCCUCGGCUGGACCCGACGGUCAGAGGUUACCUGCAUCUGGCACGCUCUCCUCUGAAUACCUGAACCAGGGCGGCUCCACCAAGGUCCUCCUCAUCAUCUGCAACACAGCAGGAUCUGGCCCGCAGGCCGUCAGGUUUGGACCUCCAUUCCUCAUGCGCGAGGACAGGAGCGUCUCCUGGGACCAGCUGCAGCAGAGCAUCCUCAGCAAGCUCUAUUAUCUGAUGCUGAAUGGAUCCCAGGCUCAGAAUGCCGGAGUGCUCUUUAAAAUCAGAGUAGUGGGAGGAUCGGCCGCCUACAGCUACCUGUCCCCACAGGACAGCAAGCCACUGCACCACCCGGCAGUUGACAGAGCUCUGAAGUUCUGCGGCACCGGGGGACCUCCUCACGUAAAGAUCGUCAUUGAGUGGGAGAACAAGACUAAAGAAUGUCUUUUUGGCAGCAUCCAGGAGGAGGUGGUCAAGGACGCGGAGAGUGUGAGGAGCCAGCAGCAGCAGCACCUGCAGCAGCACAGCUGUACGUUGGACGAGUGCUUCCAGCUGUAUACCAAAGAAGAACAGCUCGCCCCGGAUGACGCCUGGAAGUGUCCGCACUGCAAGCAGCUUCAGCAGGGCAUGGUGAAGAUGAGCCUGUGGACUCUCCCCGACAUACUCAUCCUCCACCUCAAGCGCUUCAGACAGGUUGGCGACCGAAGGAACAAGCUGUCGACCCUGGUGCGCUUCCCCCUGACUGGUUUGGACAUGGCCCCCCAUGUGGUCAAGAGGAGUCAGAGCACGAGGAACCUGAACUUAGGGGCCUGGCCACCGCCCUGGAAGCAGCCGUCAGGCCAACAUCACCAACCUGCCGACAUGAUCCUCCCCCACGACUAUCUGUACGACCUCUACGCUGUGUGUAACCACCACGGAGGAAUGCACGGAGGACAUUAUACUGCUUACUGUAGGAACUCAGUGGACGGACAGUGGUACAGCUACGACGACAGCAGCGUGGACUUGGUGCCGGAGGAGGAGGUGUCUACCAGAGGAGCCUACAUCCUUUUCUACCAGAGGCGCAACAUCAUUCCACCAUGGUCGGCCAGUUGCUCCGUCAGAGGGUCCACCAGUUCAUCAAUGUCAGACCACUGGCUAAUCCGGCUGACAGGGGAUAGCAAGAGAGGCAGUAUGGUCUCCCGGUCCUCCACCACCUGCCCGUCUUCCUUACCUGACUCACCUGAGUCUCCGGUCUUCCUUGAAAAUGGUUCUAAAGAGGAACGAGGUGAGGGGGGUUUUGAGAGCAGGCCCUUUAUCAGGGGUCUUCAGGGGCGCAGCGUGAGCAUGAAAGCCCCCAGCAAGACCAAGGAGGCCCUGAGCAAAGUGUUUCCCCUGCGCUGGUCAUUUGGAUCAAAGGACAGACGGAAACCAGACCCGGUGCCUCCGUCUGUCCAAGAUCCUGCCCCUGUGGAGCUGGUACAGUACUUGGAAUCUGGCCGGCGGCCCCGGUGCACAAAGGAUCCAAUAGCAACAUUGAUGAGGGAACCGCGCAGGACAAAGGAACCAGCCGAGGGCCGAGCUCCGACCAAUGUCAGAUCUGCCAGUGUUGGGAGCUUGAGUUGUAUAAAUAAGUCAGAUGAUGAGCUGCAACCGGAGUCGCUGCAGGUCCCGGAGGGCCAGAGGAGGGAACCGGAUAAGACAGCCAGCUUGAGACGCAGGAAGGGGAGCCAGACCAGAGAUGAGAUCAGCAGUAGCUCUGGUAGUAACACCCUGAACAGCAGGAAGGAUGCCAGGAGACAAAGCUCCUCAAAAGCCUCCCAGGACACUACUGAGACAAAAAGGAGUUCCAGUGCUGGAGUGCAGCCCAGCUACAGCACUCCUAGCCUUCAGGAUGGGACCCUGAGAAGACAGAAAGGGGACAGGGCUGAAAGGGAACACAACGGUGCAUACGAAGGAAACUCUAAGACCAAGAAAGGAGAAGUGCCCAAGAACCACGAGGGACUGCUCUCCUUCUUUAAAGGUAACUUCCUGAAGAAGGAUAGGGACUCAAGGAGGUCCAAGGAGGGGGAGUCAGGGAGAGGAGGAGGUGAGGAAGGAGGCAGAAGGGCCCUCUCCAGGCUGUCGCUGUCCAACGGAGCAGCGGGUGGAGGAACUGGGGUGGAAGGAGCCAAGCCUAAAGGUCCGGGCCAUCCGGGCGAUGAGCUGGCGAACGGGAAGACGGGACGAACCACGGCGGACAUCAAGCGCUCCCAGAGCUCCUCCAACAUCCCCACCAAAGCGGAGCCGAGCAUUCGCAGGACGGCGUCUCUGCAUCGCAACGGGAUGUCCACAGCCCCGGCACCGCCACGCAGCCUGACAACGGACAAACCGUCUUACGGCACCCUGCAGAGGACCCGGUACAGCACCACCUCGCUGGGACGCAAAAGGACAGUCCCCGAGUCCAGCUUCUGACACGGAGAUGCUCGACACGACCAAACGCCC